AUGGGAGACGGCGAGGCCAGGGAGCGGACGGGACAGCGUCCGCGUGGCCAGGGCAGAGGAGGAGCGCGCGGCGGCCGGGCGGAGCGGAGCGGGCGCGACCGUGGACGCCCGCCUGGACGGCGCGGCCGGGACGGAGGAGGAGGACCGCGCGUUCCUCGACGGGGGAACGCCCUGGGCCUGCGCUACGGCGCGUGGGUGGUGGUCACCGGCGCCACCGACGGCAUUGGCCGCGCGCUGGCGCUCGAGCUCGCGCGCAGGGGGCUCCACCUCGUCCUCGUCGGCCGGAACCCCGCCAAGCUGUCCAGCGGCAGCUCCUUCGCGCGCUCCACAGGCACGACUGGCGGCGGCCAGGGCGCCAUGGGCGGCCCCGGCACCGGGCGCGCCGGCCAGCGGCGGCCAGGGUGGGAGGCCGGGCGGCGCGUGGGACGGCCGGGCUGGUCGGGGCGUGGCGUGCCGGGCGUCCCCCCUCCCCCCGUCUUCUCCUCCUCCUCUCCGUCCUCGUCGGCGGUGGUCACGGAGGGCGCACGCGGCAGGCGCGGGCGCGGCCAUGGGCGCGAGCAACAUGGCGCGGGUGGCGAGCAGCGGCGGCCAUCGGAGGCGAGGACGGGCUGCUGGAAGGACGGGGUGGCGCAGUGGGGGCAGCAGCGGCCUCGCUUGGGGGUGGACACGGCUGGAAAAAUUGUCAUUCCCGGGCCAAAAUCUUCGCCGGCAGCCUCUCAGGCGGCGAAAAAAAUGCCUUCUGAGGGCCUCAACGGCUGGAGAUGCUCUUAG